AUGUCGUUAGAAGUAGGCACGAGGUGUUGGUACCCGGAUAAAGAUCAAGGCUGGGUCGGCGCAGAAGUGGUGAAGAACGAGCUGUCUGAUGGGAAAUACCAUCUAUCUUUGAAGCUAGAGAAUCCUGAUAGUGAUGUGGUGUCUAUGGAGGCCAGCGAGGACGAGCUACCUUUGCUGAGAAACCCACCGAUCCUAGAGUCCACUGAGGAUUUGACAUCAUUAUCUUAUUUGAACGAGCCUGCUGUUUUGCAUGCGAUCAAGAAAAGAUACUCGCAAUUAAAUAUUUAUACUUAUUCUGGUAUUGUGUUGAUUGCCGCUAACCCAUUUGACCGUGUGGAUCAGCUAUAUUCUCAGGAUAUGAUCCAGGCUUAUGCAGGGAAACGUCGUGGUGAAAUGGAACCUCAUUUAUUUGCUAUCGCUGAGGAAGCCUAUAGAUUAAUGAAGAACGAUAAACAAAAUCAAACUAUUGUGGUCAGUGGUGAAUCUGGUGCUGGGAAAACUGUCUCUGCGAAGUAUAUUAUGAGAUAUUUUGCUUCCGUGGAAGAAGAAAUGUCAUCAAAUGUUGGAAAUAUUCAACAUCAAACUGAAAUGUCAGAGACAGAAGAGAAAAUCUUGGCUACUAAUCCUAUUAUGGAAGCCUUUGGUAAUGCAAAGACUACAAGAAAUGAUAAUUCGUCAAGAUUCGGGAAAUAUCUUGAAAUCUUGUUUGAUGACCAUACAUCUAUCAUCGGUGCUAAAUUGAGAACAUAUUUAUUAGAAAGAUCAAGAUUGGUAUAUCAACCCACAGAUGAAAGAAAUUAUCAUAUUUUCUACCAAAUGUUGUCCGGGUUGUCACAAGAUACAAAGGAAUCCCUAAGUUUGACCUCUCCAGAUGAUUAUUUCUAUUUAAAUCAAGGUGGUGCCACUGAGAUUGUCGGUGUAGACGAUUCCCAAGAAUUUAAAAUCACUACUGAUGCAUUAUCUUUAGUCGGAUUUGAUGAAACUGCCCAAGAACACAUAUUUAAGAUCUUAGCUGCUUUGCUACAUAUCGGUAACGUUGAAAUCAAGAAGACAAGAAACGACGCAUCUUUAUCAUCAGAUGAACCAAAUUUAAUGAUCGCUUGUGACUUGCUAGGGAUAGAUCCAUUUAAUUUUGCCAAAUGGAUCACUAAGAAACAAAUCGUAACAAGAUCUGAAAAGAUUGUUUCCAAUCUGAAUUUUAAUCAGGCUCAAGUCGCUAGAGAUUCCGUAGCCAAAUUUAUUUACUCAACUUUAUUCGAUUGGCUUGUAGAAAACAUUAAUAAUGUCCUUUGUAACCCUGCAGUGACAGACCAAAUUAAAUCCUUUAUUGGUGUCCUGGAUAUCUAUGGAUUUGAACAUUUCGAGAAAAAUUCGUUUGAACAAUUUUGCAUUAAUUAUGCUAACGAAAAAUUACAACAAGAAUUUAAUCAACAUGUCUUUAAAUUGGAACAAGAAGAGUACGUCAACGAACAAAUCGAAUGGUCAUUUAUUGAAUUCAACGAUAAUCAACCAUGUAUCGACUUAAUCGAAAACAAGAUUGGUAUCUUAUCAUUAUUGGACGAAGAGAGUAGAUUACCUGCAGGUUCUGAUGAAUCAUGGACUCAAAAAUUGUACCAAACUUUGGAUAAACCACCAAUGAAUACAGUCUUCUCCAAGCCAAGAUUUGGUCAAACGAAAUUCGUUGUCAGUCAUUACGCUCACGAUGUUGCUUAUGAUACUGAUGGAUUUAUUGAAAAGAAUAGAGACACUGUCUCUGAUGGUCUUCUUGAAGUGUUAAAGGCUACUACAAACGAAACUUUGUCGAAGAUCCUAGAUAAUUUAGAACAGUCUGCUGAAAGAUUGGAAGAAAUGAAAAAGAAGAAAGAGGAAGAAGAACAACAAUUGAACAAGAAACCAGGUCCAAUGGGAGGUCGUAGAACGGUCCAAAGAAAACCAACUCUAGGUUCAAUGUUUAAACAAUCUUUGAUCGAAUUAAUGGAAACCAUUAAUUCUACCAAUGUGCAUUAUAUUCGUUGCAUCAAACCGAACAAUGAAAAAGAAGCAUGGAAGUUUGACAAUUUGAUGGUGUUAUCUCAGUUGAGAGCAUGUGGUGUCUUAGAGACCAUCAGAAUAUCAUGUGCAGGUUUCCCAUCCAGAUGGACCUUCAAUGAAUUUAUUUUAAGAUAUUAUAUCUUGUUGCCUGCAGAAGAAUACGCUACAAUCUUCCAACAAAAGGAAACUACAAAGGAUGAUAUCAUUAAUAUGUGUAAAAAAAUCUUAGAUAUCACUGUUGAGGAUAAAGCUAAAUAUCAAAUUGGUAACACUAAAAUCUUCUUUAAAGCUGGUAUGUUAGCUUAUUUGGAAAAGAAGAGAAGUGAUAAGAUGCAUCGUUCCAUUGUUUUGAUUCAGAAACAUGUCAAAUCUCUACACUAUAGAAAGAAUUAUUUAGCCACUAUGAAAUCAUUGAAGUUAUUACAAACUGCUAUCAAGGCCUCUGUGGUACGUCAAAAAGUUGAUCAUGAAUUCAAGACAAAUGCUGCUCUAUUGGUUCAAACGGCAAUUAGAGGGUCUCGUAUUCGUCACGAGUUUAAUAAUAUCUUAAGGACAAUCAUUGUCAUGCAAACAAAGAUAAAGAAGCAACUUAGACAAAAACAAAUGCUCGUCGAACAUCAACACGAUGCUGCUGUCACUAUUCAAAGUAGGAUUAGAUCCUUUGUUCCAAGAAAGAUUUACCAAAAGAAUAAAAAAUGUACUAUUACUAUCCAAUCUAUGAUUAGAAGACGUAAUGCCAUGGCUCAAUUACAAACUUUGAAAUCUGAAGCUAAAAGUGUCAAGAAUUUACAAGAGGUUAGUUAUAAACUAGAGAAUAAGGUUAUUGAACUAACUGAGAACCUUGCUGCAAAGAUAAAGGAAAAUAAAGAAAUGAAAUCCCAAAUUGAAAAGUUAAUGGUAGAUUUAGAAGAAUCAGUUAUCUUAAAGGAUACAAUUGAGCAAGAAAAGAAGUUGCAUCAAGAUGCAUUAAAUGAAAAGGACGCUGAAUAUGAAACCAAACAUAAAGAACUAGAUGAACAAUUAGUCUCUGCUACAGCUCAAAUCGAAGACCAUAAACAACAAAUGGAACAAUUGACUAUUCAACAUAAUGAGUUGAGAGAUUCUUCUGCAAAGAAUUUGGAAGAAUUAGAAGAAGCUAAGAAACAAUUAAGUGAUUACCAAAUGCAAAAUACAGAUCUUCAAAACGAGGUAAAGACUCUAAAGGAAGAAAUUACUCGCUUACAAGGUUCCAUCAAUCUGGGUACUGCUGUCAAGACCACAACAUUACCACAGGCCGCUGCUGUUCCUUCUUCUAUGAAUAUGACUAACGGUAACCGCAUGGUUAGUGACGCUUCAGGUGCGCCAGUAUUAAUGAAAACUGUCUCCACUUUAUCUAACGAUGAAAACUCAUCUUCUUUGGCUCAAAUCAACGAAGAAUUAUACAGAUUGUUGGAGAAUACCGAGACAUUGAACGUUGAAAUAACAGAGGGUCUACUAAAGGGAUUCAAGGUCCCAGACUCUGGUGUAUCCAUUGCAUUGAGUAGAAGAGAUGUUGUCUACCCAGCUAGAAUCCUAAUCAUUGUCUUAAGUGAGAUGUGGAGAUUUGGUUUAACUAAACAAAGUGAAAAUUUCUUGGCACAAGUAUUGAUUACCAUUCAAAAAGUUGUCACUACGUUAAAAGGUAGUGAUUUAAUCCCAAGCGGUGCUUUUUGGUUGGCUAAUGUCAGAGAAUUAUAUUCAUUUGUCCUUUUUGCAAGACAAUCUAUCCUUACAGAAGAAAAUUUUAAGAAUGAUAUGAACGUUGAUGAAUAUAACGAAUAUGUUUCAUUAGUAACAGAAUUAAAAGAAGAUUUUGAAUCAUUGAGUUAUAACAUUUAUAACAUUUGGUUGAAAAAAUUGCAAAAGGAGUUACAAAAGAAAGCAAUUCCUGCUAUUGUUAUGUCAGAAUCACUACCUGGUUUCAGUGCAAGUGAAUCCAAUAGUUUCUUGAAUAAAUUUUUCAAUUCCAACGAUAGUUAUACAAUGGACGAUAUUUUAACAUUUUUCAACAGCAUAUAUUGGUGUAUGAGAUCAUUCCACAUAGAAAAUGAAGUCUUCCGUAGUGUAGUGACUACUUUAUUAAAUUAUAUUGAUUCAAUUUGUUUCAAUGAUUUAAUUAUGCGUCGUAAUUUCUUAUCAUGGAAACGUGGGUUACAAUUAAAUUAUAAUAUUACACGGUUAGAAGAAUGGUGUAAAUCUCAUGAACUACCAGACGGUGCCGAUUGUUUAAAGCAUUUAAUUCAAACUUCAAAAUUGUUACAAUUACGUAAAUAUACCAUUGAAGAUAUCAAUAUCCUAAGAGGUAUUUGCUCUGAUUUAUCUCCCGCACAAUUACAAAAAUUGAUUACACAAUCUCAUGUUGCAGACUAUGAAUCCCCUAUUCCUGAAGAAAUUCUCAAAUAUGUUGCCGAUUUAGUGAAACAAGAGAGUGCUGCAGUUGCCGCAGCUAAUACUGAAGGUGCUACUGACAAGUCGGGUCUUAAGAACGAUAUUUUCUUGCAUACACCAAAUGGUCCAUUCGAUGAUCCAUUUGUUCAAAUCCCAACUAGGGAAUUCGACCAAGUGGAAGCAUAUAUCCCUGUGUGGCUGAAUUUACCAAGUACAAAACGUAUCGUUGAUCUCGUUGCGCAAAAUGUAAAUGUUAUAGAGUAA